AUGGCCGACGACGAUAAGGCACGUUAUAUUGCUGUAAAGAAAGAGUUGCUGGCUGCAAUACCAAAGAAAAGGGCUUUGGAUAAGAAACUUGCACAGCUAGAAGCUCAGAUAUACAACCUCGAAGGAACAUACCUGACCGAAACUUCUGCUCAUUCAGGCGGGAACGUGCUACAGGGAUUCGAUAACUAUCUCAAGAAUCAAACGACAGCGAGAAGAAGAUACGAUGUAGCAGAACACGACCGUCUAUUCUCAACAAGUAGUUCUACGUUCCAGAAGUCGUUGGAAUUGAUGGCAGAGGAAGAGGGUACCAAUGAAGAAUUUUCGAAGCAGCCAACGCCAGGAGUAACGACUGUCAUCGUGCCACCCGCAACGAAGACUCAGGAGCUGACUACUGCUCAACAAAAUAAACUGGUUCGAGAUAAGGAAUAUCAACGAAAGCGAAGAGCUAGUGCGCGUAAGAGCGUCGAAACUGGUAGCGAUGAUGAAAGCGCGGCAUCAAUCUCAACUUCUUCACGAAGGGCGACCAAACGACAGAAGAUGGCUGAAGAUGAAUAA